CUCAAGCCGGGCGCAGCAUUGAACAGUGACUCGGCAAACUUGACUACCCAAAUGCCCGGUCAGACGACUGCGCCUUCGUUUCUGGCGUACUCGGAGAAGCUCCUUGCAGGGGCGUGGCGCUUCUUGACUUAUUUCGGGCGCGACUCGAUGAUCUCGGCGCUACUUAUGGAGCCCGUGCUUAGCAGUGGGAAUGAUAGGUCCAUGGAGGCAGUUAUCGAUUCUGUUCUGGAGAGGAUCAAUCGCACGGAUGGGAGUGUUUGUCAUGAGGAGACUAUUGGGGACUAUGCGACCUGGACAAAUCUGCAAAAUAAUAUUACCAGUAAUGCUAUGGUUUGCGAUUAUAAGAUGGUUGGUUAUCUGACAGAAACUGUCCAAGAUUCAUGCUUAUACAUGAAGCAGAUUGACUCGGACUAUUACUUUCCUAUCUUAAUGGAGCGAUACUUCCUGCAAAACCCAGUUGGGCAAAAGAGGGUGGCUGCUUUCUUCAACAUGUCUUCGGAUAUCAACGAAGCGAACCAGAACUUGACCUGGGGCCAGCUGGCAACGAUCAACGCAGCCAGAAUCAUGCGUCUCACAGCUCCCUUUGCGAAUGAACAGACAAAGGCAAAUCUCAUUCAUCUCAAGCACGGCCAGACCGUCGGGGAAUGGCGAGAUAGCGAAUACGGUAUCGGCGGAGGCCGUAUCCCAUACGACGUAAACACAGCUCUUGUCCCCGCAGCCCUACGAUCUAUCGCCGCCCUCUCCCGAAACGGCAUCUAUCCCAAUCACCAAAGCUGGGCCCAACUAGCGGACAACUACGCCCAAAUCUGGGAAGACAAAACCCUCCCCUUCUUCUCAGUAACAAUCCCACAAGCCAAAGCCCAAUCCCUCAUGCAAUCCUACGCCAAUACCUCCUUUCCAGGCCCAUCCCAAUCCUCAACCAUCGAUGCAGACGUCACCUUCCACGCCCUAUCCUUAGACGGAUACAACAACCUAACCCAAGUCCAAGUCAUGAACACAGACGACUGUUUCCGCCACUUCCUCCUAAACACAACGGACGACGCCCAACUCACCCCCUUCCUCAACACCUCUACCACUAAUAUCCGCCGCACUUUCCCAGCGGGCCUGAUGACUUCCGCCGGAAUGGUGGUAGCCAACCCAGCCUUCGGCGGCGACCCGAUCUAUGCGCAGAACUGGACGACGGGCGCCUACCACGGCACGGUUGUAUGGUCCUGGCCGAUGGCGAUGAUGGCCAAGGGCUUGGACCUGCAGCUGGGGAGGUGCGAGGUUACGUCGAACGUUUUGAUUUCUUCGAAAGAGAGGAGAAUCCCUGUCCGUGUUCCUGCUUUCUGUACUGAUGACUCGGUGUAUGGGAAUGUGAAGGAGGCAUAUAAUACACUUUGGGAUUCUAUUGAGGGGAAUCAGGAUCAGCUUUCGCAGGAGGUUUGGUCUUGGGUUUAUCGUGGUGGGUUCCAGGUUACUCCACUGGGGGUCAUUCCGCCGCCUGGAGCUGGAACUCAGACUGAACUAUAA